AUGUUGCUGUACAAGCACUCCUACUACAUUUCAUUAGCAUUGUUUUUCUGUUUUUGUUCAAUUACAUUUAUUCAAUGUGUUGAUCGUAGUAAUUUUAAAUCAUGUGAUCAAAGUUCAUUUUGUCGACGCAAUCGUAAAUACAAGCCCGAUGUGUCGCCGUAUUCAGUUGAUUUGUCGUCUAUGAAAACUAUUACCGAUGGUCAUUUACAAUUUACGAUGAUGAAUACACAAAAUAGUGUCAAAUUUCAGUUAGAUUUAUUUACAUUAGAACACAAUAGUUUAAGAAUGAAAAUUAAUGAAUUACAACCAAUUAAAAAACGUUAUGAAGUGCAAAAUGUUCUUGUUAAUGAACCAAAACUAGUUAGUGUCACAACAUCUAUAUUAGAUGGAAAUCAACUGGAAGGACGUUUUGGGAAAACAUCUCGUUUUCUUCUAGUGUCAAAUCCAUUUCGAUUAGAUUUAUUUACAAAUGAUAAUAUUUUUGUUAUGUCAGUGAACUCGAAACAAUUGUUUAAUUUUGAACAUUACAGAAAAAAACAAAGCUCUGAUGGAGAAACGCCUUUACAUGAUGAAGAUGGUAUGUGGGAGGAAACAUUUAAAACACAUACAGAUUCAAAACCACAUGGUCCAUCUUCCAUUGGUAUUGAUGUUAGUUUUCCUAAUUUUGAAAAUGUGUAUGGUAUACCGGAGCACGCUGAUUCAUUCGUGUUAAAGUCAACGCAUGAUACGGAUCCAUAUCGUUUUUUUAAUGUUGAUGUAUUUGAGUAUGAUAUUCAAAAUCCUAUGGCACUUUAUGGUUCUGUACCAUAUAUAUUAGCGCAUAAUGAGCAAGCAAGUGUUGGCUUUUUUUGGUUAAAUGCUGCUGAAGGUUGGGUUGAUAUAUCAAACGAUAAAUUAAACACUAAAAAUUUACUUUCAACAAUUAAAAACUUUUUUGGUAGCACAAAAGUGCAAAAUGAAGUACCCGAGAUAACAACGCAUUGGAUGUUUGAAUCAGGAAUAUUUGAUGGUUUCUUUUUCUUGGGUCCAACACCGAAAGACGUAUUUAAACAAUAUGGACUGAUUACAGGAACAACACCCUUGCCACCUAUAUGGGCACUUGCUUAUCAUCAAUGUCGAUGGAAUUACAAUGAUGAAGACGAUAUUAAAAAUGUAAAUGCUGGUUUUGAACACAAUAUGAUACCUAUGGAUGUUUUGUGGUUAGAUAUUGAACAUACAAAUGGAAAACGGUAUUUUACAUGGGAUACGAGUAAAUUUCCUGAUCCAGAAAAAAUGCAACAUGACAUCGGCAUGUAUGGUAGGAAAAUGGUUACUAUUAGUGAUCCACAUAUUAAAAAAGAUGAUGGUUAUCAAGUUUAUGCUGAUGCUAAAUCAAGACGAUAUUUUGUUCAAAAUAAAGACGGAUCGGAUUAUGAAGGGUGGUGCUGGCCAGGUUCAUCAAUGUGGUUAGAUUAUUUGAAUCCAGAAAUUUUUGAUUGGUAUAGUAAUCGUUAUUCCUAUGCCAAUUAUAAAGGCUCAACAUCAAAUCUCUUUCUAUGGAACGAUAUGAAUGAACCAUCAGUUUUCAAUGGACCUGAAGUGACGUUCCCGAAAGAUGUGGUUCAUUUUGGGGAUUUAGAAAAUCGAGAUGUUCACAAUAUUUAUGGAAUGUUGCAGCAUAUGGCAACAUUUAAAGGUCUUUUUGAUCGAUCAGGAGGACAAGAACGACCAUUUGUAUUAACAAGAAGUUUCUUUGCCGGAUCUCAAAAAACAUCUGCUGUAUGGACGGGCGAUAACGCAGCAGAAUGGAGUCAUUUAAAAAUGGCUGUACCAAUGUUAUUGAGUUUAAGUGUUACAGGCAUUACAUUUGUGGGUGCGGAUGUAGGCGGAUUUUUUAGAAAUCCAGAUGCAAAAUUAUUAGUCAGAUGGUAUCAGGCUGCUUCAUUUCAACCAUUUUUUCGUGAACAUGCUCACAUUGAUACGGCUCGUCGUGAACCAUGGCUAUUUGGUGAUGACAACACACGCCUUAUUCGUCAAGCCAUUGAAACUCGUUAUUCUUAUUUGCCGUAUUGGUACACACUGUUUUAUAAACAAGAAAAGCAAGCCGUACCAGCUAUGUUACCAUUAUGGGCUAUAUUUCCUCACGACACCCAAACAUUUAAAAUAGAAGAUUCGUUUAUGAUUGGUAAUGGUCUUCUGGUUCAUCCAAUUACAGAUGCUGAUGUGACCGAAGUAUCAAUAUAUCUUCCAGGCGAUAACACUAUUUGGUAUGAUAUCAGAACAUUUGUACCACACAAUAGUUCUCAAACAGCCUUAAUCACAGUUGAUAUGGAAUCGAUUCCUGUAUAUCAACGUGGUGGCACUAUAAUUCCUCAACGUCUAAGGAAACGUCGUUCAUCAAUGUUAGCAUUGAAUGAUCCAAUAACGUUGGUAGUUGCUCUAGAUAAAAAUAAUGAAGCUAAAGGGGAAUUAUACAUGGAUGAUGGACAUACAUAUGAUUAUAAGAAAAACCGGCAGUUUAUUUAUCGACGAUUUCUAUUCAAAAAUAAUGAAUUAAAGUCGAGGUACGACCCAAGUAGCAAAUUCGAUACGAGUGCAUGGAUUGAAAGAAUUAUUAUCAUUGGUUAUCCUAAAAAUCCAAAUAAAGUAUCAAUUAAUUCUGGUGAGCAAACAGCCAUUCCUUUACAUAGUUAUCAUGAUCAACAAAAACUUCUCAUCAUUCGACGUCCGGGGCCAUCUGUUUCAACCGAUUGGACACUAACAAUUUCCUGA